AUGUGCUCUCAUGAAGAGAGAGCCCAGAACACGUGCUUUGGGGAUCUCUUCCCUUUUUGCUUCAUUGCAUCUGAGAAAGUUAAAGUGGGUCACCAGCCGCUCUGCUGGAGCUAUGCAAGAAAAUUCCACCAGGGUUGGCAUUCUUGCCGCAUCUGCUCAGACCUUCGGGGUCUGAUCCAGAAAUAUGGCCCCAAUAUGUGCCACCAGUCUUUCUGUCAGGACGUGAAGAAGAUCGGCUUCAUUACUUUGGAUUAA